GGGAGCCAGCGGAAAUCACUUCCUGCUGCCGCCGCCGCCGCCGCCGCAGCGGCCGGGACCGACUCGCCGGGGAGUGAAGGGGAGACGGAGGAAGGAAAGGACCAGGCUAGGGGUGGGGGGACGCGGCUGCCACUGCAGGCCACGGUGAAGCCCCUGGCCCCGGAGUCUCCCAGCUGGCGUCCGGGGUGCGUAAAGCUGCCUGCAGUUCAAUAGAAAGGAUUGGGGGCAGAAGAGGAGAGAGGGAAACAAAAAAAAGUCAGUCUAAGUGAUGUGCCCUUCUUUGGAACCAGCUGUGUUGAAUGUCUAAGGUGUCCUGGCUCCUUGCCCAGUCAUGUCCCAGAUGUUGCACAUAGAGAUCCCCAAUUUUGGGAACACUGUCCUGGGUUGCCUGAAUGAACAGCGCCUGCUGGGGCUCUACUGUGAUGUCUCCAUUGUCGUCAAAGGGCAAGCCUUCAAGGCUCACCGUGCGGUCCUGGCGGCCAGCAGCCUCUAUUUCCGGGACUUAUUCAGUGGAAACAGCAAGAGCGCCUUUGAGCUGCCCGGCACAGUGCCCCCUGCCUGCUUCCAGCAGAUCCUCUCCUUCUGCUACACCGGGAAGCUCAGGAUGGCAGCCAGCGAGCAGCUCGUGGUGAUGUACACGGCCGGCUUCCUGCAGAUCCAGCACAUUGUGGAGCGGGGCACAGACUUGAUGUUCAAGGUGAGCUCGCCCCACUGUGACUCGCAGACUGCCAUGAUCGAGGACACCAGCUCGGAGCCCCAGAGCCCCUGCAACCAGCUGCAGCCCGGCCCUGCACCCUAUGUCAUGUCCCCCUCUGUGCCCAUCCCGCUUCUCACCCGUGUGAAGCAUGAGAACCUGGAGCUCCAGCCGGCAGCGGGCCCAGGCCUGGCCGCCAAGCGGCCCCUGGAAGCUGGGGCCCGGGAUGGCUCGGGGGGCGGCGGGGCGGCAGUGGGCGGGGCGGCUCCUCUGAAGCUGUCUCGAGUCUCGUACUACGGGAUGCCCAGCCUGGCCACUCUCAUCCCCAACAUCCAGCAGGUACAGUACUCCCAGGGUGAGAGGACCAGCCCCGGGGCCAGCAGCCUCCCCACCACAGACAGCCCCACCUCCUACCAUAACGAAGAAGAUGAGGAGGACGACGAGGCGUACGACACCAUGGUGGAGGAGCAAUACGGCCAGAUGUACAUCAAGUCCACAGGCAGCUACUCAGUGCAAGAGAAACCAGAGCAGAUUCCUCUGGAGAGCCGCUCUUGUGUCCUGAUCCGAAGAGACCUGGUAGCCCUUCCUGCAAGCCUCAUUAGCCAAAUUGGCUAUCGCUGCCACCCUAAGCUCUAUUCAGAGGGUGACCCUGGUGAGAAACUGGAGCUUGUUGCAGGCUCUGGAGUCUACAUUACACGUGGCCAGUUGAUGAACUGUCACCUCUGUGCCGGUGUGAAACACAAAGUCUUACUGAGAAGACUUCUUGCUACUUUCUUUGAUCGGAAUACCCUAGCCAACAGUUGUGGGACUGGAAUCCGCUCUUCCACUAGUGAUCCUAGCCGGAAACCUUUGGACAGCAGGGUCCUUAAUGCCGUGAAAUUGUAUUGUCAGAAUUUUGCCCCAAGCUUUAAGGAGAGUGAAAUGAAUGUUAUAGCUGCAGACAUGUGCACCAAUGCUCGUCGAGUUCGCAAACGCUGGCUACCCAAGAUCAAGUCCAUGCUGCCCGAGGGGAUGGAGAUGUAUCGAACCGUCAUGGGCUCCACAACUGCCAGUGUGCCCCUUGAGCCUGAGUUCCAGGCCACAACAGCCCAAGUAUUUGAGCAGAGAAUCUACGCAGAGCGGAGGAAUGAUGCCGCCACCAUUGUGGCUCUGAGAACUAACACAGUCAACGUAGACCUGAGCAGUGCUUCCAACCCUCCGUUCGAGCCAAGCGAAGAGGCCGAUGGUGCUGGCUCGGUCAUCCAGGAGGUGGCUGGGCCAGAGCCCCUGCCCUCGGAUAGCCAAAGCACUCCCCAAUCUUUCGAACAAGGUCCUGCCAGCACCAGCAGGCCAGAGACACCAGUGAGAAGACAAGAUGGUACUUAUGGAGGGACUUUGUAAAGAUACCUAAAGAAAAGGAAAAAAAAAAUCUGUGACUUAUAAGGGAUCUAAAUACUAAAGCUGCUUGCAUGCAUACUAAUACGAAAAAAAAAAUGUGAUCAAGCCACUUACCUACUGAACUGCUACUGUUGCCUGAAAAAAAUGUGAUUUUUAUUCUGCUUGUAUUUAAAAUUUAUGAAGGAAAUAAUCGCAUUCGUUAUACUGUAAAUGAUUAGGUCAGUGACGGCCUAUUUAAAAGAGAGUUCCUGGGCUCUAUUUUUUUUUUUUUUUUUUUUUGAUACUCCUGAGGUUAGACUCUAAACUUGUAGCUUUUCUCCCCCCUUCCUUACAAGGGGAUGGGGUGAAGGAGGACUGAGACAUCCCCUCCCAUGGUUCCUGCACCCAGGUCCUUUCCAUCCCUUUCUUCCCAGCAUAGAACUAAAGCCAUUUGUUAAUUCCUCCUUGCUCUAUAGAAGGUUGUGACACAACUGAGGAGGCAAACGUUUUGGAUGGUUAGAGAAUGUCUGGCAGUUCAAGGACCCACAGGACUUGGCAGAUGGUUGACUGGAGGCACUUCAUUUAACACUCCAUUCCUUACUAGUAGUGGCCCUCAUCUUGAGGGUCUUUGAGUGCUUCAGCUGGGGGUGGAUGUUGGGGUUGGGAAGAUUGGGGGGAGAGCAGAGAACUUUCCCCAGGAAGCCUCCCUAAGUCCUCUGUCCCCCCCGUCCCCCAACUGAGACUCUCCUUCAGUGUCAGCAUUAGCCAUGGUUCCAUAUUUGUGUUUCUCAUGCAUGUGCUUUAGGGGGGGAUCACAACAGCAGGGUAUAGAGGGUGGUCGUGGGUAUUAUUGGUAUUUGCUUAUUAGGACAUAUUGGUUGGCACUGGUUGGUGUAUGUGAGUGAAUGUGUGGAGACUUCCCAUUGUUCUUAUUGGUCCCCUCCCUAUUGGAUCCGUAUUUCUCUUCCUACUGAAUGAGGUACCACUCAAUAGAGCCCUCAGUGAGUUAGUCUUCUGAGUUGGUUCUUAUUACUCCUUCCCUCACCUCCUCCUCUUCCCCCUGAAAACAAAAAACAAAACAAAAAACCUGUGCAUUCUUUCUCUUCUCAUCCCUCAACAUGAAACCCCAUUUUCAUGAAUCUGAGGGACCAUUUGCUUGGUGGUGGUCACCCCAGAGGACUUGGGGGAGCCAUGAUGAGUAUAGGAGCUAGCUGAGUGGUAGAAAUGGUCAAUGACAUGGCCCUUCUUACAGUCCACUUUGAGCUCCCAUGAUCUCUUUAAGAGUGAGUUUAAUUUGAAGAGAUGGACUCCAGAGAAUCUCCUUCCUCCAACAGGAGGAAGUAAGAAAGAGCAGGCAUCAAAAGGAAUAGCUCAUCUCUUACUUUUCUUUUUCAUGUGGAAUUGUUUUGUGACUGUCCUGGAGCUAUUUGAAUUCUGUAGGUCAAGCUCUGUGAUAAAAAGGAAAACUUCACUUCCCAAUUUCUUUGUCUUCCGUUCUCCCACCCUUAAAUAGACCAAAUUUUUGGGAAUGAAGCUUAGCCUUGUUUGUUGUCCACUCUUUUUUGGUGAAACGUGACCAUUAGCUUUAAGAAGUAGAGAGCUUUUUCCAGUGUAUCAAUUGUUACUGAUAGCCAGACUACAUGGCUUCCUAUGACCUCUGCAGCAGGAGGAAGUUGAGAGAGGCAGGGACUGGGUUGGGAAAGUCAAAGAAAGGGCCAGAAUUAGGGAGAGGAAAAAUGUCUCUCUGACAUGAAUCCUUGUCUCCCAUUUCUUUUUGAGGAGGUCUUCCAUUGCUAGUACUCCCACUAGAGGGCAGUUGGCUUGCCCUCUACUGGGAUUCUUUGGCCAGGAAACAAGAUAAUCCUUUGCCUGUGUAGAUUCCCCAGCUCAGGGGAUCUGGAAUGUGUGUAGGUGUUUGUGGAAGUAGUGACAGUGAGAUGGGGCUAGUGCUCUGUGGAGAGAUCCAUGAGUCCUCGUGGGUAGGGGAGAACACAGCCCCCCUUCUCUUUUUUUUUUCUCUUCUCCCCUCCUCCCCCCUCACCUCCCCACUUCUUGGUGUGUCCCCCUCUCCCCCCCUUUUUUUUUUUCCCUCCCUUACUCCCUCCCACCACUACUAUGGAUCCUAAAGAACAGCAUGGUUUUGACUGAAUCCAAUGCUCAAUAUGUGCCAAUAUUUUCUCUCCAUCAUAAUUACUGCCUUGAGGUUACAUGGCUAAUUAGGUGUAAGUGUAUGUCCAAUUGUGUGGGAUUCAGAAAUGGGAAUAGGAAUAUAAGCAGAAACUGGAUUGGUGAGUGAUCAUACUGUGUUACCUGUGUUGUAGCCAAUGGGGAUCCUAUGGUGUUUAUAAAGAAGAAAUACCAGAUCGUUUCCCUGGUAUGAAAGUGGUAUUUAAUACUAGCAUUGUUGAUGCUUUUAAGGUGAAGGUAGUAAUGGGCAGAAUGUUGUGAAAAGUCAAUGCAAGAGACUGUUGUUUUACUUUAAUUUUCUGAGAUUGAAAUAUGCUCUCUUGGCAAUUCAGUUUUUUAAAGCAAGGGAAAAAUAAUUAGUGCAAAAUCCACACAAAUAGUCACUGGUCUGUGACUUCCUUUGUGUUUGUGGUUCACAGCACUUUGGUUUUUCUUUUCUUUGGAGGAUGCAGAAUAUUCCCCUCCUCCUUGUCCCAAUGAAAAAUAGGGUCCAGGGUGCAGCUUUCCCAUCUUGGGUCAUUGUUUAUUUAGCCAGAUAUUUGACACUUUAUCUUUCAUAGAAAAUGCUCACUUGCUUUCUUCCUGCCUGCCCCCCAAAUCUCUUCCCUACUUCAUAUGCCUUCAUAUUUAAAUAAAAACAACCCACAUACUUGGGUUUUUACUUCAUCUCCCAUCCUGGGCAGUUACGCAUUUCCAGAGUUUUUCCAGUAGAUUCUGACAGCCUUCUUAUGGGGAAGGAGGAAAGGACAGGCUUUUCAUUUUUCAUAUUCCUGUCUUUUUUUUUUUUUUUUGCAGAUUCUAAUACCCCUCUAAAAAUGAACCAAGCUUAGAAGAAGAGAGGGCCUUUUCAGCUCAAGAUGUCACUUUAUCUUAUUUAUUAACAUACAGCUUUUAAGCAGGAUUCACAUUAUCCUUUGAUUCUUGAACAUUAUUUCCACUUCCUACUUGUGUGGCUGAGAUCAUAAAAACAGUUUAAAUCGAUCUCAACAACGCUGGCAUCCUUGCUUUGCCCCUAUCUUCUGUAUGAAGUCUCUUAUACCCUGCCUUCUCUUAAAUGCUCAGAAAGUCUGAAUCUUUAUUCUUUUCUAUCAUCAGUGGAGCUAUGUGGGAUAGGAAAUCCUAUGGGGUACUAUAUAAGCUAUCAUCAGCUAUUCAGUUCUAGUGCCCCAGUCAGUGUGGUGAGUACAUGCAGGCUUCUGAGCUUUUCAGCUCUUUGGUUACUCAUGAGUAACUCUAUGCUCAAUGCUCUAUGCUCAUCUUCUUCUCAUCAUUAGCCCCUCCCGCCCUUUUAGGAGCUCAGGCUAUCAUUUUCCUUUCAGGGCCCCAGGCAUUGGGAAUAGGAAUCAUUUGAAAGAGUUCUAGAAGACUUGCCCAAGCAUGGGAAAAAAUAUGACUCAGUUAUGGUUAAGUCGUGAAUAGGUUGGGAAAUCAAAAUCCCCAUUCUUGUACACGUGUAAGGGAAUACAUGGUUAUUUUUGCCAAAUAUUUUUGAGGCUACUGAAGGGGAUCUGAGACUUUAAGGGGGGAAAGAGUCUUAGGUCAUGUGAAGUGUGUAAUGUUGGAUGCAUGUCUAGGCUUAGAGAUAGAAGUCCUUUCCUCUGGGUUGGACUGGCAUGUAUUUUAAGAACAAAGGAAAUGGGUUACUAUAUUUUUCUUUUCUGCUUCUAGGGUGAGAGUCUAAGGAUAAUUUCCAGUCUACAAUGUCCUUAAAACUAUCCCCUAUUCUUUCAUUUUUUUAAGUAAGUUAAAGCUUUUCCAUUUCAUUCCUGCCACAAUGGCGCUUUUAAUUUUGAGUUUUUCUUGAGAAACAUUCAGAACUGAGAGAUGUGAUAUUUAGGUGAAUGAAAAGAAUUUUAUCCAUCAAGAAACCAUCAUAAGAAAAAUCCAAGAUGGUGGUCACACCCAAGAGACCCAAGAAUGGAUAAAGCUGUGGAGUUAUAAAUAGUGGCUGAUUUGAGCAGAAUAGGUGAAAGAUUAAUGAUUAUAUCAGAGAAGACUGUAGGUUGCACAGAUAAAAUUUAUCUAUUUUUUUAUAUCUAGCACAACUUCCUAGUUUUUCUUUUUUCAUUUUCCUUUUUCUUUGUGUGGGUUUUUUUUUGGGGGGGGGUUCUGGGUUAAGACAGAAUUUGUUACAACUUUUAAAAUGUGAAUGGGUUUUGAGCUCUCCCUUUUUCUCUGGGUCAGGGUGAGUGUUUUGCACUAAUGUUUCCUGUGUGUAGAGGAUUAAUGAUAUGUUUGAAAAUGUAUAUGGGAUGAUGAUUGUAUCCUUUGAGGAAAACCAAUCCCUGAAGAUACUGAAUGUAAAGUGAAACCGAAGCAGUCCUUGGCUUUCAUGGGGCUUUCCAGAGUGCCUUAGAAUUUUUUGGAUCAUUUUUUCCCAAGGAAAACAUAUUUUCAAAAUCAGACCAUGUUUCCCUCUUCUUUGUUUACAACACUAUCAAUUCCAGAAUCGGGGGCUGCUUUGUCAUGUGAAUAUGAAACUUCAUUUAUUUAGAUCUGCUAGAACAAAAGAGGAAAAAAAACCCUCAGUAUUUAUGAUAUGUCUGCACCUUUAUUCUUACAUUUGACUAUUAGCAAUAUGCAUAUAAUAUAUCUAUAUUCUAUUAUAUACCUAAAUUAUAUCAAGCACCUUUUUGAGGAAUAAAAUUUUUUAAAAGGUAGACUGAACAGAGUUUGAGCUAAAGUUAACGUGCAGUUGCCACAAUAGGCCAGACAUCUGCUCCUGUCCUAAUUGAUGUAACCAAGGACUCAAAAGUCAGUCUCAAAAUCACUAGGGCAUUGAUAUCAGGACAUUGCUCACUUAGGCCCACCAUGUGCUGGACCCCUGUGCAAUUCUUGGUUGAACACAAGAUUGUAAAAGGGCACAGAGGGAACAGCUGGACCAGUGGUGAGCAAACACUAAAUCACAAUUGUCCAUUAAAGAUAGCAGAUACUGCUGGCUUUGUGUUGAGGUUCUCUCCGAACUUGAAUUCUCUCUAUUGUUUUCUGCCCUGUCUCUGGUGUUGCCUGAGAGGUCUGUUUGUGUUUGUUCUUAGGUUUUUUUAGGGGUGUGUGUGUUUUCUCCCUCUUAACUUUGGUGUAGGAUCUGUGAAAAAAAGGGCGAGUAGAGGGCAAAUGGGAGUGGAAACUCUAAUCUUUGGAGCCCUACUUAUUUGUAUGUAAGAUUUUGUGUGUAUGUUUAUAGGUAUGUGUGGGUGCAUGUGUGUGCUUCUGUGUCUCUGUGAUAACAGAGGCAGGAUAGUGUGCCUCUGUCUGUUCUCUUUAAUUGUGUAUUAUGAAAAACUUGUCCAUCUACCCAAUCCCCUCCUUUUUUUGUGAUUCUCUGUGUUAUAGUGUCAAAGGCUUGGAUUGGGAUUCUCCCCUAAAAUAAUAAUAAUCUGGGUUUUGGGGUCAUAACUUAUUGAGUAUGUGUUUAUUUUUCUUUCCUAGAUUCUUUUUCAGUAUUCAUAUUUAGUGCGAUGAUGAAGGUGCUGGAUAAAAAUUUUGAGAUCAAGGAGCAUGGGGAAAGGUUAGACAAUAGUAACAGAACCUUUCUGUCCCCAUCCCUUUAAGGGUUUAGAGAACCUUAUAUGGGUAGCCUUAAUAGUUGAUUCCGUUGUCCCAUUGAGACCAAGUAUUUCUAAUCCUUUGGGUUGGUUAAGGAAGGCUCCUAGUCCUGGGCUUGUCAGUCCAUCUAGGGGAGUGAUAAAGGUGAACUGUGAUGGGGCUCAGGCUUUUUGACAGCCCAUUAUAUUUGGAAUUGCUUCCCUAUUUAACCCAUGUUUAAAGGACCAUAGCUUUCUAGAUAGGUUACUCUGUGAGGCCCUGCUGCCUCUCCCCAGUCAUUUUAUCGUUCGGGUUCUGUUCAGAUGGAUUAUUUUUAUGGAAAUCGCUUGCUGCAAGUGGGGAAGGGCCUAUGGCCCAUUAACCAACUGAAAACGCAGAGACAACCUCUGUUUGCUUCCACUGGCAGUAAAUCGUAAACACAGAAUUGAGAGUUCAUAGCUGUCUUGGGCUUUAACUACUGUUUCAAAAUGUCCCUGCUGUAUAAAUUUGUCAUUAUGUCAGUGAGCAAGCCCCAAAUGUGUGUAUUACCAUACCAGAGAUAUUCAGGGCUGGGUACAAGAUGUUUCUAAAAUUGAAAAGGCUUUUUCCCCCUUUUUUUAAUAAAAAGGGAAAAAAAUAUUAUGCAGAAAUCUAAAGCACUCAAAUUGGAAAACCUUCUCAUGUUCUGAUCAGUUGCUUCCAUUGUCAGCAUUUUGCACAUGAUUGUGAUUUUUAUGUCAAAAAAGGCCAAAACUUGCAAUACUAUUUUUAGCAGACAAAAAAAAUCCUAAUGUAUAAAUAUUUUUGACUUGAAGAUUUGGAUGGCACUUGACUCAAAUAGAACAUUAAUCCUUUGGACAGAAUGUUUGGGAAAAAGAGACUUUAAAAAGUAGAUGGUUGCUUUUAAAAUUUAAAAAAAAAAUGGAGUCUGUUUAGGGUAGUAAAGUAGUACUGUAAUUCAUGACUGUUAAAAAAAAAUUUGAGUAUAAUAAAUUGUUCCUACUCUGGAUGGGCACUUUCACAAUGCCACAGAGUCACAUUUCAGCCACAAAAAAUGCUAGUUUUUUGUUUUUGUUUUUUAAGAACAGAAAAAAAAGUUUUGUUGUUUCUUCACAAGUAUUUAUAUGUUGUUACUCUGUAUAGUUAAGACUGUUACUUUUUAGCCAUGGCUGACAUACCAGUAACUAAAAUGACAUUGAACAGCCGACCAAGGAAACCCCGAGAGUUUGAAGUGUGCUCAUAGCUGUCUCCAUCAGAUGCAAAAUCCAUGAAGGAGGAUAUGAUCAUUAAUUGUAAAACGCUUUGUAAAAUUCACAUUUACAAAAUAAUAAAGUCGAUUCCAAUUCAAACUUC